AUGUCUGGCAAGACGAGCGGAAAGUCCAAGUCUGGCAAGGCCUCUGGCGAGGCGAACAAGUCGCAGUCGCGGUCUGCGAAGGCUGGCCUUCAGUUCCCCGUCGGUCGUGUCCACCGUCUAUUGAAGAAGGGCAACUAUGCGCAGCGUGUCGGUGCUGGUGCACCAGUAUACCUUGCUGCCGUCCUUGAAUACCUCGCAGCAGAGAUCCUCGAACUUGCUGGCAAUGCAGCGCGUGAUAACAAGAAGCAGCGUAUCAUUCCUCGGCAUCUCCAGCUUGCCAUCCGCAAUGACGAAGAACUCCACAAACUCCUCGGCGACGUGAUCAUCUCUCAGGGUGGUGUCGUGCCAUUCAUCAACCCCGAACUGCUACCGUCAAAGACACAAAAGGGCAAGAAGGACAGUCAGGAGGUAUAA